GAUGAAUCAAACAUCCGCCAUGCGCCGUUCUGCCCGUUCAUCAUCCCUCCCGCACACAGCUUUUUAUUGAGAUCAACAUCUGCAGUCUUGCUUCAUCUCAUCAACAAAUAAUUCUCUCGCAAGUUGUUCACACUUCGUGCACAACGACUGACACCUGAAGCUUUCCAACUUUCCAUCAACCCCGCUCAACCUAGCAUCCAUCACGGAAAACAUAUCCAUCCACUGACGCACCAUGAAUUUGGUUCAAACCAUUCUCCGAGGACUCCAGUUCCUCUGGACGAUCCUCAUCAUGUCUCUAAUCGGUAACAUGUUGGCCCACAAGGGCAACCAUUCAGUUGUCAACUACGACAUGUUCGUGGCCGCCUUCGCCAUGCUGUCGCUCCUCUACCUCAUUCCAUCGGCGAUCAAAGAAAACCUCACAGUGCAUCCUGCCCUGAACAUCGUCCUGGACGUCCUCAACACUAUCUUCUUCUUCUGCGGCGGCGUGGCCACCGCGUCGUAUCUGAGGGUCCACAGCUGUUCCGAUAGGCAUUACCUGGACCACAACUCUGUCUCCGUCGGCUCCGAGAAGGUCUGCCGCGAGGGCCAGGCAUCCACCGCAUUCCUGUGGUUCGGAUUCGCCUGCUGGGCGGCCUCCAUCUUCUUCUCCUUCAUGUCCGGCCGUGGCUCCGCCAAUCUCCGAGGUCCGAGUUCCCGUCGAGGUGGGCCGUCGAUGAGCCAGGUGUAGAUCAUGAGGCCAGCUGAUUAACACCGUGUAAUGACGGAUAUGUUUAGAAUGUGGAUGCGGGCCUCACAGGUUUGGUGGCCUGUCCCUCACUUGGAUGAUGACGGUACCUGAGAACAUAAUGGAUUGGGGGGAAGGUAAAUAUUGGCGUUGGUCAGGAUGGGUUUGGAAUGAGUUUAGGGAUGAGUUUGGGGAAAAGGCAACGGUCGGACGUAUCUAGCAAGCCUUGCAGCAGAUCGGAUAGUGCCUGGUGUAUUAUACGCCGUUUGCUUCGCCCUUCGGACAUGUAUAGUAAUUAAGUCGACAAUGAGUAUAAUCAAAAGCGUACCCCUUG